AUGGAGGGAGAAGCGACAGAAACCUGUGAGACAGGCCGCCAAGAAGCCAAGUUACUCGAACCCGAUGAUAUUUCCCACCUUCAACCCCCCGUGCCGCGUCGCGUACAAGAGCUACGGAACCCAAAGAGCAGGCCUCGCAAAAGCAUCAAAUCCCGCGCCAGAGAAAGACUCGCCAAGGAACUGCAUCGCUCUCCUUCUCCUCCCCGCUGGCGUCUAGAGGUCAUCUCUGCUCUAGAAAGCGGCCAGUCCUUUAGCGCUCGCGUCAAGAUCCUCAGGAUCCUCGAUCGCAUCCCUGAGCUGAGGGACCACGUAUCGCAGAUUGUGUCGUCGAAUUCCAAGUUGCGAUCUUACACGAUUCGAUAUACUCGCUGCGAAUUGGUGAGCUUUGAGUGUGAGGCUCGUCGGUCGCGGUUCUCGUAUAAGAAGAUAUUGGGGUUUAAGCAUCAGCUUUAUGGGUUCGUCAAGUUGAUGUACCAACACGGCGUGAGGUGCAACGUCUAUCCCGGGAAUAUAUUCAUAUACCAGUCGGUUCGAAGGGAGUCUACGCGGCAUUUGAUGUUCCUCGGAGCGGUGGAGGAUUCUUCUGAUCUUAUUGAUGUGACGACGGAGCCCGAUUGGAGUGAAUAUAGGAAGUACGUGUGGGAGCAUAUUCAUCGCGUGUUUGCGCUUCUUGAGAUAUGGACUUAUCAAGGGGAAGCUAUCGACUUGAUUGCCGCUGUGGACAGGGAGAAGGAUUUGGUGGAAUCGCUGAUUAAGGAUAACAAUCUCGUUAUUGAUGAUACCAGAGAGGACGUCGACGAGGCGCGUACGAUUAUGGCGGACACGGUGGAGGUUUUCAACAAGGCGCUGGCGAAUAUCAAACAACUGGGAGUCUUGUCCGACGGUUUCAUGGAUGUUACCAGAGGUCCAAUUCUCAUCUGGGAGGAUGCGCAGUCGAGAAAAGAAGUGGUGGAGAGGAAUUUGAAGAAGAUUGAGGUUCUGGGGCACAGGACGAAUGCGCUUAUUGAGAAAUACCGUGAUCCGGAAAAGUCAGAAGAUGGAGCGAGCGAGCUGGAUCUUGCGCCGCAGCCUGGUGAUGAACCAGAGGAGAGCACAGAGUCGAAUGUGGAGGCUAUUCACUUGUCUUUCGAUGGUGCCAAAGGAGAGGAGGAGUUGGUGAUAUGGGAUGAAGAGUUGGCGUUUCAAGAUGGAGAAGAGACGCUACAAGAGGAAGAAGAAGUGGUUGUUUUUGAAGAUGUGACGGCGCAAGAUGAGGCUGUUGUUAGUGAUGUUGGCUCUGAGGAAGAGACUAGUGAUGAAUAA